UUCUUCCCUUUGCAUUCAUCUUUUUUUAAAUUGCCUGUGGCAGAAGUGAGGAUCUAUUUGCCAACUUCGUUUCCUUUUCAUUCCAGAUGCUACAUCUCCCAGACCAUAUCAUCCCGCACUCACUUUUGAGCAGUCAGUGCCAGGAUUGGCUAUUAGUAAGUUUAAAUUAACUGCAUUUAGUGUAGUGGGAUAGAUGUAUUAUGCAAUUCCAGAGGAACAGGUGAGCAGGAUUUUUUUAUGAUUUGGAGCAUGGCAGCGCUGCAGCACUAUCAGAAUUUGCAGCAUUUCCUCCCUCCUUUCAUAGAAUUAGGGAAAAGACUAUUUUCUCAGGCAUUAAGAACAAAAAACUCAACCGGCAGAAUCUGUUUUAAGGCAACAUUUGACUUUUACCCACGCCCACUCAAAUUAUUUCACUGGACUAAUUCUUUCACGACGAAGCCCCAGAGGGCAUCCGUUAGUUUUGUUGUUGUUGUUAUUUUUGAAAGCUGAGAUGCUACAGUAUAAUAGUAGAGCUGGCACAUUCGCCUCCUUAGUGACAGCAGCUGUCGCUAUAGGUGGUGGGGGUCUGGCGACGGAUGAAGAAGAAGAAAAGCUGUGUGUGUACAACCGAGGGGCUGCAUGGCUCACUGGCUCUGGGGUAGCGGUACCCUUUGUCGCCGCCGUCGCCUUUGGCGUUGGAGAGCGAAAUGGAGGUGCUAAAUCAGGCGGGGUGUGGGAAAGGAAAAACGAGGGACAGGCGGAGCUGAAACAUAAGGUCUGCAGAUCACCGCAUGCAUUAACUCACUCCCGGCGCCUGAGCCGCCUUCAGCGGCCGCUAUUCCCGCCUCGCUACAGCGCCCAACCAGCCUCGCCAACUCCCGUCUCCCGCUAGCUUGAGGAGGAGAAGAAAAAUUGCUCUGAGGGCGCCAUCCCCCUCAGGCUGAACAGCAGAACCAGGAGCCAGUUUCUGGCUUGUCGCCCAGUGAUCGAACUGCCCUUGGAGAUUUAUAGCAGGGAAGAAGCCACGAGAUAUGGAAAUCCGUGGAACAGCCGUGGCUGUGCCCCGCAUUGGUUGAAAGGCGCGCUAAGGAGACCCACACGUACACCCUCUCCCGGAGCCCGACAGGGGCCAGCCGCGCCAUGCUGACCCGCAUCCACAGAGCAAGUCCUCGGGCGCAAUGAGGCAGCCGCUCGCCGCCCAAGGUUGACGCUGUGGCGGCUCCCCUCCGCUCGGGGGCUACUUCGCCUCCUCCUCCUGCUGCUGCUGUUAUCAAAGGAGGGCGCCGGCGACUCCCAACGUUAGGCGCGAAGCCGGCAGGAGGCAUGAAGGGCGCUACGGUGGAGCCGGGGCUGUAAUUGCCCGCUGGGCUUGGCUGUCCUUGGGCUUCUUGGCAGGAGAGGCAGCGCCGAGGAGCUCUGCCCGACGAUGCCUUUGUGCGAUCCCCGCUCCUCGCUGAGGAGAGGAAUCGGCGCCCAAAGGCGGCUGCUGCCCGUCUGACCGACUGCGGCUACUUUGCGCGACGACCAGCCUCUUUCCUCUCUUCUCCUCCGGGCCACCUUUCUGAACUUCCAGGGAUGGCCGAUUGACGUGCAGGGAAGAUUGGAGACUCUGGCUGCCUUCUUGGUCUUGGAGACUCUGGCUGCCCUCUUGGUAUUAUGUCUGCACUUCGAAGGAAAUUUGGGGACGAUUAUCAAGUGGUGACCACCUCGUCCAGUGGGUCAGGCUUCCACCAGCAGCAAGGGUCGGCCCACAAGAAAAAGCGCCAGAGGUUUGUGGACAAGAAUGGCAGGUGUAACGUGCAGCAUGGCAACCUGGGCAGCGAGACGAGCCGCUAUCUGUCAGACUUGUUCACCACCUUGGUGGACCUCAAGUGGCGCUGGAACCUUUUCAUCUUUAUCCUCACUUACACUGUGGCCUGGCUUUUCAUGGCCUCCAUGUGGUGGGUCAUUGCCUACAUAAGGGGUGACUUGAACAAAGCCCAUGAUGAGAAAUACACCCCGUGUGUUGCCAACGUCUACAAUUUUCCCUCUGCCUUCCUCUUCUUUAUAGAGACAGAGGCUACUAUUGGGUAUGGCUACAGAUACAUUACAGACAAAUGCCCCGAGGGCAUCAUCCUCUUUCUUUUCCAGUCCAUUUUGGGCUCCAUUGUGGAUGCUUUUCUUAUAGGCUGUAUGUUUAUCAAGAUGUCCCAACCUAAAAAGCGGGCGGAGACACUGAUGUUCAGUGAACAUGCUGUCAUAUCCAUGAGGGAUGGCAAACUCACCCUCAUGUUCAGGGUGGGCAACCUUCGCAACAGCCACAUGGUCUCCGCACAAAUCCGCUGCAAACUUCUCAAAUCUCGACAAACUCCUGAAGGUGAAUUUCUGCCCCUCGAUCAACUUGAACUGGAUGUAGGUUUUAGCACAGGGGCGGAUCAACUUUUUCUUGUGUCACCACUUACAAUCUGCCAUAUGAUCGAUUCAAAAAGCCCCUUCUAUGACCUUUCUCAGCGAAGCAUGCAAACUGAACAGUUUGAGAUUGUUGUCAUCCUAGAGGGCAUUGUGGAAACAACUGGAAUGACCUGUCAAGCCAGAACAUCAUACACAGAAGAUGAAGUUCUCUGGGGCCAUCGUUUUUACCCUGUUAUUUCCUUAGAAGAAGGAUUUUUCAAAGUAGACUACUCCCAAUUCCAUGCAACCUUUGAAGUUCCCACUCCACCUUACAGUGUGAAAGAACAGGAAGAAAUGCUGCUUAUGUCCUCCCCUUUAAUAGCACCAGCUGUAGGGAACAGUAAAGAAAGGAAUAAUUCUAUAGAAUGUCUCGAUGGCCUUGAUGACGUUGGUACAAAGCUACCAUCCAAACUACAGAAAAUGACUGGAAGGGAAGACUUUCCUAAAAAACUGUUGAGAAUGAGUUCUACAACUUCAGAAAAAGCCUAUAGCAUGGGGGAUCUCCCUAUGAAACUUCAACGAAUAAGUUCUGUCCCUGGAAACUCAGAAGAGAAACUGAUAUCUAAGACCACAAAAAUGUUAUCAGACCCUAUGAGCCAAUCUAUGGCAGACUUGCCCCCAAAACUUCAAAGGUUAUCAGGAGGAGGAGGAGGCAGAAUGGACGGAAACCUUCCCCCAAAGCUGAGAAAAAUGAAUUCUGAUCGAUUUACAUAACAGGAACAAACUUUGUAGGCAUUACUUGAAUUGCCAUUAUAUCUAAUUUGGGCAGAAAAGCAAAUACAUUUAAAUAAUAUUUGGUGACUGGGUUUCUUUACAGCUACAUGUACUCUGGGAUAAUACUCUCCCCUUUUAAGGACUGAUGAAAUCUACAAUAAAAGGUCUGAAGUUCAGCUUAGGGUCAAUCUGAAAGCUAAUAAGAUAAUACUAUUUGGCAUGUAGUAUCAUCACAAGCAUGCAAUAAUAGUGUGCAAAUUUUGCAUAUAGUUUUAUGGCAUGGUUCUUAUUAUAUUUAUACUGUAUAUUCUGGGAAAAAUGUAAAUGGAGUGUUAUUCUCCUAAAUUUCUUAAGCAUUGAUUAAUAAGUAAAAACAAAAGUAAGCUACUAACAGGGCAGAUUAUAAUUUAUAAGGGCACAAAAUCCAGCAAAAGACGAACAUUUCAGACAUGACCGGGUGCCCAUUGCAUCCUCCAUUUCAUUCAAAAAGAUGGGGAGUUUUCUGCUGAAACAUCUCCCACUCACUCAGUAGCAGCUCUCAUGAGAGUAAGGAAAGAUUCAGGAGAAGACUAUACAUAAAGAAGAAACUGAAUCAGAUCUUUGGUUAAUCUUUAAAUACAUAUUUAAUUACUUUUCAGUCAAUACAGUUGAAUGUGUAUGUUGGCUGAAUCAUGCCCAUUUUUUUCCUGAUGUGAAUUGUGGUGUGUUUUCUUCAGGCAGUUACAGUGCAUGGUUUCUUUGUUCAAGUAAGGCUACAGCUCUUAAGAAUUCUGAACACCAAAACUUUAAGCCUUAAGCGUUUUUCUUGCUUUAACACAGUGGUUCUCAACCUUUUUAAUGCCGCGACCCCUCAGCCGAUCGUAAGUCGAGGACUACUCAACUGGUGCAGCACCGUUUGCAGAAUGGGGCUUUUGGCGGGCUCAGCAGG